AUGUCAUCUAAAACCAAGAGAAAAUCUGAGGACGAAUAUGGGAUAAUUCGACCAUAUUUCACAGAGAAAGAAUGGAAUGAAACUUCCGAUUAUGAGAAAAUGAGAUUGAGAAAUAUCAAAGAGAAUUACGAAAUGAUGCUACAAGUUGGAUUAUCUGCUGUGAAACCCGAAUUUAUGAACGGUCCUAGAGGUAGAAAGCGUAAAAUAAAAGUUGAGAGUGACAGUGAAGAUGAAGAAUGGGUGCCUGGAUUUGACAACAGAAAGACAAAACAAGUUUCUUUUACAUCUCCAUAUAAAAUACCAGUGAAAACGAUAGAAAAAUGUGAUAAAAAACAAAAACCUGUUGGCAGGAAGAAAGUAUUCAAGAAAAUAGAUGCAGAAAGCAACAAAAGAAAAAACAAAGUUCCCUUGGAUACAGUAUCAACUCGGUAUCCAAAAAGACAAACAGAAAGAAAAAGUUACAUGGAAAUAGAAGCUCCUGAUGAUGACCAUUUUAUUUAUGGUGAGUCCUAUAUUUGUACCAAGUGUGAGAGAAUAUUUACAGAUCCAAACUAUUUGACAAAACAUUUGAAAUAUCAACAUAGAAACUACGAGUCUGUUAGGAAAUAUAAAUGUGAUCAGUGUAAAUACUCUACAGAUAUAAAAGGUAGCAUGGAAUAUCACAAGAGAACUCACACCAAUGAAAGACCAUAUAAAUGUGAUGUAUGUGGUAAAGCAUUCACACAGUCAAGUAACCUGAAGAGACAUCAUAAAAUCCAUACUGGUGAAAAACCUUACAAAUGUACUCAAUGUGGAAAAGCAUUCAACAUAGCAUGUAACCUGGACUACCAUAUGAGAACACACACUAAGGAAAGACCCUAUAAAUGUCAUGUAUGUGGACAAGGAUUCAGUCAGUCAGGUCACCUACAAGUACACCUUCGUACUCACACUGGUGAGAAACCCUAUAAAUGUGAAUAUUGUGAUAAAAGAUUCACUGAGUCAAGUCACCUACAAGUACACCUUCGUAUUCACACUGGUGAGAAACCCUAUAAAUGUAAAUAUUGUGAUAAAAGAUUCAGUGUGUCAAGUCACCUACAAGUACACCUUCGUAUUCACACUGGUGAGAAACCUUAUAAAUGUGAAUAUUGUGAUAAAAGAUUCACUGAGUCAAGUCACCUACAAGUACACCUUCGUAUUCACACUGGUGAGAAACCUUAUAAAUGUGAAUAUUGUGAUAAAAGAUUCACUGAGUCAAGUCACCUACAAGUACACCUUCGUAUUCACACUGGUGAGAAACCCUAUAAAUGUGAAUAUUGUGAUAAAAGAUUCACUGAGUCAGGUAACCUACAAGUACACCUUCGUAUUCACACUGGUGAGAAACCCUAUAAAUGUGAAUAUUGUGAUAAAAGAUUCAGUAGGUCAAGUGAAGCCAAAGUUCAUGUCAUUCUUAACCACACACAUGAAUAUCCACACAGAUGUCAGAUUUGUAAACAUGGAUUUAUUACACCAGCUCAACUGAAACAACACAUGAUUAAACACACUGAAGAGUAA